GUAUCGAAGAUAUUUAUAUUAAUAAUUAUUAAUUAAUGAAUGAGAAACUAUCGUUGAUUUGCAAUUAAAAAUAUUUGCUUUGUAAAGAUAAUAAAAAGAAUUUCUAUGUUUAAAAAGGCUUGAAGCUUUCGCGCGAAAUGGAUAGCGUUAUUUCAAUAAAGAGUAAGAGAAAUAGAGAAAGAAGCAUUUGUAAUAUAGAAUCUCAAAUAAAAAAAUAUUUGCCUUGUAAAAAUAAUAAAAAGAAUGUAUACACGUAAGAGAGCUCGGAAAGUUGAUUUCACGUAAAAUUGAUAAGCGUUAUUUUGAUAAAGAGAAAGAAGCACUUGUAACACGGAAUUACAAAUAAAAGAUAUUUGUUUUGUAAAAAUAAUAAAGAAAAUUUAUAUACUUAGGAGGACUCGAAGUUUACAUGCAAAAUGGAUAAACGUUAUUUUGAUAAAGAGAAAGAAAGAUAGAGAAAGAAGCACUUGUAACACGGAAUCCUAAUAUACACAGGUGUUUCGUAACACGGCGUUAGGUACUCAUAAUGGAACACACGUCGUAAAUUGUCGAUGGGAGAGGCAUACCUGCAUAAAUACCGAGAAAAAGUAUAAAACCGUUGACAUUUAAAGCGAACGAUAAUGACGCGCCGCCGAUUACAAACCCUCUUUGCCAGAGCAACGGAGAUGAAGAACGAAGAACGAAUAACGAAGACGAAGAUGAAAACGAAGAUGAAGACGAAGUACAACGACGAUCAUGAUGAUGCUGAUGCUGAUGCUGAUGCUGAUGCUGAUGAUAAUGAUGAUGAUACUGAUGAUGAUGAUAAUGGCAAUAAUAAUAAUGAUGAUGAUUAUGAUGAUGAUGGUGACGAUGCACGCGGCAUCGAAUCACCGCCCCACAUAAACGGUGAAUGCUUUUGUUGUGAAUACUUCGUACGUGGCGCACUGGUCACGUGCAAUUUUCUUCAAUUGUUCGGCCAAUUAUUAGAGUUAAGAGUUAUGUGAAAGUACUUGGGUCGUUGGAAAUGAAGAGAGAAAGAGAGAGAGGGAGAGAGAGAAAAAAGGAAAGAAAAAUAAAAGGACUUGUUUUCUUGACAAACGAUAGUAAACUUUUAGCAUUUGAUCCUUACGUAAGAAACUUUAAUACUUCUUUAUAUUUAUAUGACAUUAUGAUAACGAAAAAUGGUAUCGCCUUUGAAACUUAAUUAUUUGUACGUGUAUAUGCAUGCGUGCG